CUCUCGGAUCGCGCUCCGCCUCAUUACUCCCGCUCAUCAACUGCCGAGCGAAUUGAUCGUUCGGGGAUUCGAAGGCUUUUCGUUUUUGUUCUCUUCUUGGGUUUCGCGUUUCGAUCGCGGGGAUGGCCGCCGCCACGGCGAUGAGGAGCGCCAGAGGAGGAGGAGCGCGGCGGCCGUUCGCGCCGGUGGCGGUGUCGCCGCCGCCGCCGUCGCGGGCGGGGAAUCAGAUGGCGCAGGAGGAGCCGGUUCUGGGCGCCGGCGGCAAGGCGGCCAAGAAGUGCGGCUCGGGCUCGCCCCCUGUUCCCGUCUCCUCCAAGAAGACGCCGGCGGCGGCGGCGGGGAGGGCGCCGCCGAGGACGGCGAGCAGGAGGAGGGCGGGCUCUUGCGCCAAGAGGUGCUCCACUCUGGGGGCGGCGGCCGCGGCGAAAGCGGCGCACGACGAGCCGCGGCCGCGCGCGCCGGUGCGGGGCGUCUCCGACGAGCAGGACGACAGGAUGAGGGCCGUGCCCUCGUCUCCCCACUGCAACGAACCCGGCCAGGAGCGGCGGGGCAGUGAGGCGGCCUCCGCGUCGAGGAAGCGGAGGGCGAUGAGGAGCGUGGCGGCGGAGGCCAUGGCGGGCCUCCCCGAGCCCGGCGAGGGCCGCGUCAAGUACCUGGUGAACACCUUCGAGCGGCUCCUCUCGCUGGCCGCCGCUGCCGGCGGCGGGCCCGAGGCGCGGGGCGGAGGUGCGGGGAGGGAGAACGAGGCGACCGCGACGUCGCCGGCGUCGACGCCAGCAACGCCGCCGGGCGCCGAGGAGAUCGACGUGUCGUACCCCUCCAUCGCCUCGUCGUCCGAGGUCUCCUUCCCCGCCGUCGCCGGCGUCGCCUGCAUCCUCGACGCCUCCGACCGCACCAGCAGGAUCACCCGCGCACGAGGCCAACGCCGGCAGAGGACAUACAGUAGCACCGGCGCAUCGGAGAAGACCUGGAGCAGGAAGGUGACAAGGGUGACGAGCCAGCACCCGUUCAAUCUUAGGACUGAGCAAAGAGGAAAGGCAAAGGAAGAGAAUUUUGUUCAGAGACUGAGGAAGAUGCAGCUGGAGGAGGAGAGGCUGCGCAACCCGCUGGCUCAAGAUUUACCCUACACCACCGAUGAACCAGAGACUCCGGUGAAACCUCCAAUGAAGGAACCCACUGAACCGAUCGAUCUCGUGCUGCACAGUGAUGUGCGUGCAAUCGGUCGUGCCAAGUUUGAUCACCAAGUAAGUUGUCCACCGCGAUGCUCGCUCGCCGUCGAAGAGUUCCUAAGGGCCAUGCACCGGCUGUCUUCCAUCCUGCAGGUCGCUGAGCGCAGCAGCUUCAUACAGGAAGUGAAAUUGGAAAGGGAAAGACAGCUAAAGGUGGAUGAGGAGAUCGAGAUCAAGCAGCUGAGGAAGGAGCAGGUGCCGAGAGCACAUCCGAUGCCAGAUUUUACCAGGCCAUUCGUGCCGAAAAGGUCAUUGAAGCCUCAGACAAUUCCCAGGGAGCCAAGAUUUCACCCCAGAUUGAUGAGGCACGUGUCCAAGGCAUAAUCAGCUUCAAAAAUAGCAGUAGUAGUAGUCGUCGCCGUCGUCACCGCCAUCGUGGCGAUUCUUGCAGUUUAGCAAAUUUUAGUAGCUGCUAGCAACUAUAUUUUCUGAAACAAAAAAAGGUAGAAAAUACCUUCAUCAAACAUGUUGGUGUAAUCUGCUGAAUGCCUGUAGAGUUCUUUAUUUAUAUUUUCAGAAAAAAAGAAAUGUAAGAGUCCAAAAUACGUUUUCAUAAGUAGCACGGGUUACUUAUUCUGAAGAA